CUCAAUUCAAACAAGAAGAAGAAAAAGCUUCAUCAGCUGAUGUGUUUGUACUACAGUGAAUCAUCUGUAGAUCUUUAAUAAUGCAGUCAGUAGAAGAGAGACACAUCACCCCUGUGAAUCUACAACAUGAAGGAUUCCAGAUAAAAAUAAUAAAAAAGGAAGAAGAUGAAGAUGAAAGUUACUUCUGUGAAGGAUCUUUAAUCCCUGUGGAACACAUCACCUCAGAAGGACAACUUGUCUCAGUGAACCAACAGUGUGGAGGUUUCCAGAUGAAUCCAGUGAAGAAGGAAGAACCUGAAGAUAAAGAUGAACUCAAACUGAACAACGAUUUCUCGUGCUCCUCGUGUCCACGUUCCUCUACAACCCAAAAUCACCUCCACAAUCACAUCAAGAGCUGCAGCCAUGAUAAAUAUGAUGCGCUGGUGAAGAUUAAGACUGAACAUGAGGAUCUGACGCCCACCAGAAGCUCCAGUAAUCAGCAAACGUCCUCUGGUACUGUCAGCAUUAACACUUCUCUCAGUCCCACACAGGAAGAAGGAAACGUCUGCUCACAGUGUGGGAAGAGAUUCAGGUUCCAGAGUUUGCUCAGAAUACACCAGCGCAUUCACACUGGAGAGAAACCGUAUCAGUGCUUACAGUGUGGGAGGAGCUUUAAUCUCCAGAGUGAUCUCAAAACACACCAGCGCAUUCACACUGGAGAAAAACCGUAUCAGUGCACACAGUGUGGAAAGAGUUUUAAUCGACAGGGUGUUCUCAAAAAUCACCAGCGCAUUCACACUGGAGAGAAACCUUAUCAGUGCUUACAGUGUGGGAAGUGUUUUAAUGAACAAAGUAAUCUUAAAAUACACCAGCACAUUCACACUGGAGAGAAACCGUAUCAGUGCUCAGAGUGCGGGAAAAGUUUUAAUCGUCAGAGUCAUCUUAAAAAUCACCAGCGCAUUCACACUGGAGAGAAACCGUAUGAGUGCUCACAAUGUGGGAAGAGCUUUAAUCGUCAGAGUCAUCUCAAAAGACACCAGCUCACUCACACUGGAGAGAAACCAUAUCAGUGCUCACAGUGUGGAAAGAGUUUCAAUGACCAGAGUCAUCUUAAAACACACCAGCGCAUUCACACUGGAGAGAAACCCUAUCAGUGCUUACAGUGUGGGAGGAGAUUUAAUGACCAGAGAAAUCUCAAAGAACACCAGCGCAUUCACACUGGAGAGAAACCGUAUCAGUGCUCUCUGUGUGGGAAAACUUUUAAUAAACAGAGCACUCUCAAAACCCAUCAGCGCAUUCACACUGGAGAGAAACCUUAUCAGUGCUCACAGUGUGGAAAGAGUUUCAUUGACCAAAGUCAUCUCAAAAUCCACCAGCGCAUUCACACUGGAGAGAAACCAUAUUACUGCUCACAGUGUGGGAAGAGUUUCAAUAGUCAGAGUCAUCUUAAAAUACACCAGCGCCUUCACACUGGAGAGAAACCGUUUUACUGCUCACAGUGUGAGAAGAGUUUUGCUUAUUUCUCAACAUUUAAGACACACAGGUGUGAUCCAUCAGAUUGAACCAGAUAAACGAAUGGUUUAAAUUUUUUUACCACAUUCCCGAAUAAAUCACUAUUAUUGUAACUACUUAUUAAAUUAAAUA